CGUAUACGUCUUCCUUUGAAGGGGUACAACAAACCAAAUUUUUUUUUUUUUGUCAAGACAAAAGUCCGAUCAUCAACCAAUCCGAGAUAGUUAAAGAAAGUCGCAGAUCUUUGAAUCUCAGGUCAAAAAUAUUUCCCAACUGGAAAUUUGGAGGACCCCUUGUCUCCUCCAUGCGUAAAAACCUGAACUGCUUAUUAGCUGAUCAGCAAUAAAGUCCCAAUAUGGAUCAUGAUGAGGUGGAAAAUAAUGAUGGGAAUCUCGAUCAGAUGUACACACUGGAUGAAGCACUUGCAGUUGUGGGUUUUGGGAGAUUUCAAGUUUUGGUGCUUUGUUAUGCUGGACUUGGGUCUAUUGCUGAGGCCAUGGAGGUUAUGAUUCUGUCUUUCGUGGGACCAGCUGUGAAGUCUCAGUGGGAACUUUCUUCUGCUCAAGAGAGCUUAAUAACCACUGUGGUUUUUGCUGGCAUGCUUGUUGGUGCUUAUUCUUGGGGCAUCAUUUCAGAUAACUAUGGAAGAAGGAAGGGUCUCCUGAGUGUAGCAAUAGUUACUUCCAUAUCUGCAUUCCUGAGUACUUUCUCACCUGAUUACAUAACUUUGAUUAUUUUGAGAGUGUUCGUUGGUGUUGGCCUUGGUGGUGGGCCGGUGUACUCAACUUGGUUUCUAGAGUUUGUACCCGCACAGAAAAGGGGAACCUGGAUGGUUAUCUUCUCUACAUUCUGGUCAGUUGGCACAAUCCUUGAGGCUUCAUUGGCAUGGAUCAUUAUGCCAAGAUUGGGUUGGAGAUGGUUACUUGCACUUUCAUCAAUACCAUCUUUUGCAGCCCUGAUUCUUUAUGGAUUUGUGAUAGAAUCUCCAAGAUACCUAUACAUGAGAGGCAAAAUGAAUGAUGUGUAUAACAUUCUGAAAAAAAUGGCUAUACUCAACCAAACAGAACUCCCCUCUGGAAUGCUUGUUUCUGAUAGAAGACCAGAGUUGGAUGAAGAAUUUGCUCCAGAAGAACGUAUUGGAUUGCUUUCUUCUGGAAGUAAUGAAGUCACAUUUUUCAAAGCAGGCUUCUCAUCAGUUAUAAUGCUGUUCUCAUCAAGAUUAGUUAAAACUACUCUUCUCUUAUGGGUGGUCUAUUUUGGGAAUUCUUUCGCGUAUUAUGGCAUAAUUUUGCUGACAUCAGAGAUAAGCAGCGGACAAAGUGAAUGUGGACCAGCCACUUUGAAUUCAAAAAUUUCUGAUGAUGCUAGCCUUUACAGAGAUGUAUUUCUCACUAGCUUUGCAGAGCUUCCUGGGCUUAUAUUGUCAGCAAUUAUUGUGGAUUUCCUUGGUCGCAAAAGAUCCAUGGCACUUAUGUACUUAUUCAGUUUCAUAUUCCUCUUACCACUGUUUUUUAAGCCUCAGCAUGAGUUUCUAACUACGGGCUUAUUAUUUGGAGCUCGCAUGUUUGUGAUUGGAACUUUCACUAUAGUUGGUAUAUACUGUCCAGAGAUAUAUCCGACUGCUGUGAGGUCAACCGGCUAUGGAGUUGCUAGUGCUGUUGGAAGAAUUGGAGGGAUGAUAUGUCCUCUUGUGGCUGUCCAGUUGGUUACUGGUUGCCAUCUAGUUCCAGCAUUAGUUUUCUUUGACGUUGUAAUAGCUCUUUCAGGGAUUUGCGUUAUGCUUUUCCCAUUUGAAACCAAGGGACGCAAACUAACUGAUACUGUUGCUGCAUGUAAUUCUAGUUGAACCAAUUCAGUCAGCACGACACGACAUUAAUGCUGCUUAGAUUGUUAGUUAAAGCUAUUGCUUAAGCAAUUCUUUGUGUAUUGUAAAGAAAUAGGUCCCUUCUUCAGUCAUUUAUGAAAAAUGCAGUACAUAUGUUAAAAGUAA